CAACAAAAUCCAUUCUCUCUUCAUAUAAUUAUAUCUAACCUUGUUAUAUUUCCAAAACAAAAAAAAAAUGGAAAAACUUGUUCUUCCCCUAAUUUUACUUUUCAUUUUUUCUAUCUUUAUUGUUGAAUCAAGUGCGAUCGUACCUAAAUUCAUAGAGUCACAAUGUAAGCACACUCGUUAUCCAGGUCUAUGUGUGAGUUCAUUAGCAACACAUUUAAAUCCAACUUCAGAAGAUCCUCAAGAAAUAGCUCAAGCUGCUUUAAAAGUGAGUAUAGUUAAGGCAAUAUACACAAAGAAUUACUUGCAAAUAGCAUCAAAAGAAUUGAAACAAAAAAAGGCUAAGGAAUAUCAAGCGGUUAAAGAUUGUUUAGAUCAAAUAUCAGACAGUGUUUCUCAGCUUACAAAUUCAUUCAAAGAGUUUGAACACAUGAAGAGUGAAGAAUAUAGUGAAAGGGAUUUUGCUUGGUGUCAAAGUAAUGUGCAAACUUGGCUAAGUACUGUAUUGACUGAUACUUAUAUUUGUAUGGAUGGGUUUUAUGGGUACCCAAUGAGUGGUAAAAUGAUGGCUAUGAUUAAAGCUAGGGUACUUAAUGUUGCACAAGUUACUAGCAAUACUUUGGUUUUGUUUAAUGGAUUUGCAGCUUGGCAUAGAGAUAAUUCUAAUGGUGGCUUUAAAAGUAAACCUUAAAGCAAGAAGCAAGGUUACAUAUAUAUAAAAGAAACAAAUAUUUAUGAGAGUGAUUUAGUCAGCUAGAGUGGUGAUGGGAACUUUUGAGUCUUGGUGGUGUAUACAUAGCAUAUACUAUAUGUUUGUAAACUUGAAUAAUAUCAUGAUCGAUCAAUGUGUGAAUAUGAUAUUUUGCA